GACCUGCAGAUGGCACAGUUUGGGGCUGCAACAUGUCGACAACGGAAAACUUUCUCCUGGUGCAGAAGGCCACCAUUGCCAUGCUGGGCUUUGAUCUCUUCAGCGGCUCUGGCGAGAUGUGGAAGUAUCGGCACAGGGGCAUCAAUGUCUACUCCAUUGCGGCCAUCUUUCCGUUCAUUGUGGCGGCAGUGAUCCACAACUGGAAGAACGUGAUGCUGCUGGCGGACGCCAUGGUGGCUCUGCUCAUCACCAUCUUGGGCCUGUUCAAGUUCAGCAUGAUUAUCUAUCUGCGAAAGGACUUUUGGCGCAUGAUUGACACGUUCCGCCACCUGAUGACGCAUGAGGGCGCGCAGGGCGAUGAGUAUGCGCAGAUCAUAAUCGCGGCAAAUAAACAGGAUCAGCGGGUGUGCGGCAUCUUUCGGACUUGCUUCCUGCUCGCCUGGGCCCUGAACAGUGUCCUGCCCUUUGUGCGCAUGGGUCUGAGCUACUGGCUGACGGGACAUGCCGAGCCAGAGCUACCCUUUCCCUGUCUCUUUCCCUGGGACAUCCACAACAAUCGCAACUAUGCGCUGACCUUCUUGUGGUGCGCCUUUGCCUCCACGGGCGUGGUGCUGCCCGCCGUCAGCCUGGACACCAUCUUCUGCUCCUUCACGAGCAACCUGUGCGCCUUCUUCAGGAUUGCCCAGUACAAGGUGCUGCGCUUCAAGAGCGGCACCCCGGAGGAGUCGCAGGCGAAGCUCAACAAGACCUUCGCCCUGUACCAGACCAGCCUGGACAUGUGCGCGGAGCUGAAUCGCUGCUACGAGCCCAUCAUCUGUGCCCAGUUCUUCAUCUCCUCGCUGCAGCUGUGCAUGCUCGGCUACCUCUUCUCGAUCACGUUCACCCAGACGGAGGGCGUCUACUAUGCCUCCUUCAUUGCCACGAUCAUCAUCCAGGCGUACAUCUACUGCUACUGCGGCGAGAACCUGAAGACGGAGAGCGCCCUCUUCGAGUGGGCCAUCUACGAUAGUCCCUGGCACGAGAGCCUGGGCACCGGUGCGGAUUCCUCCGCCAUCUGCCGCUCCCUGCUGAUCAGCAUGAUGCGUGCACAUCGCGGAUUCCGCAUCACCGGCUACUUCUUCGAGGCCAACAUGGAGGCGUUCUCAUCGAUUGUCCGCACCGCCAUGUCCUAUAUCACCAUGCUGCGCUCUUUCUCGUAGAGGAGGGGAUCGUUCGAUGCUAUUCU